UCCUGGGGCACAUACUCCACAUUCACUGGCCAUGCUUCUUCUUUAAAGGUGGAGGCAUGCAAGGUGUGCAAGGGGGAUGUCCAUCUUAGUGCCUGGUGUGUGAAGGAACUGUGAGACCCAGCAGAUGAGGGUAUGACCUAACAACAGGCACUUCAGCACCCAGAAUAUUCCAGUGACAACAUCAGAGUUGUGUAUUCGCACUAUGAGAAUGGCCCAGAAUGCAUCAGCAGCGGAGGACCCACGUGACACAGUGGAGACUUUUGAGAGCAGUCACCAGCUGGCACCACCAGAUUCUGACACCUCUGCAAGACACCUAAUUCCUGACCUCUCUAGCUCCCCGCAACAGCGCCAUGAGCAAGCAGUCACUUUAGGCCUGAACCUUAGCCCCACUUCUGCAAUGACCACCAGAGAACUGCAGCAGUAUUGGCAGGGAGUGAGGUCUGAGAGGAAGCCUGUCAAACUACUGUUUGAGAUCCCUUCAACUCGCACUGUGGAGCAAGCACUCUCCAGAUAUGUGGUGUACCAGAUUGUUGUGAUCAAAUCAGGUAGCUACGACUCCAAGAAAGUGUCCAUCGAGAGGCGCUACAGCGACUUUGAGCGUCUUCACCAUCAGCUGCUGCAAGACUUCAGUGAGGAGUUGGAGGAGGUGACCUUACCCAGGAAGAGGCUGACGGGGAACUUCGCAGAGGAGAGCAUCGCCGAGCGCCGACUGGCCUUCAAGGACUACCUGGCACAGCUUUACUCCAUCCAGUGCAUCCGCCAGGCUGCCCCCUUCCAUGGCUUCUUCACCGACCCUGAACUGAGGAGGGCCCACGGCUUGCUGCGUGGGGGCCAGUACAGUCAGGCAUUGGAACUGUUUCUUCAGGCACUGGACCUACAGGAGAAGUUGGCCCAUCACAGGCCUGUCUUGACGGUGCCUACACUCUGCGCUGUCAUGGUGUGCCAGCGUGACCUGGAUGAUCCCAGUAGUGCCUUCUCCACUGGACAGCGAGCCCUGCCCCUGGUGCGCCGCUAUGGUUUGCAGAAAUACCGCUGCCCACUAUUGGCGAUGAUGGUGGACCUGGGCUUCCAGCUGGGCCACCCCAUUGCCCAGCUGCAGGAGGAGCUGUCCCGUGUAAAGGAUGCUCAGAGGGGCCCGGUGAUAUUGCUGUCUCUCAAGGAGCUGGUAGUGCAGGAAUUCACCUAG